AUGACCCGCCUCACGCUCAUCGUCGCGGCGACGCGGAACAAUGGCAUCGGCCAGAACUCACAGCUCCCAUGGCGACUUUCGAAAGAGAUGGCGUACUUCAAGCGCGUCACGACCGCCGCGCCGGAAGGCCACUUGAAUGCGGUGGUGAUGGGGAGGAACACAUGGGAGAGCAUCCCGCCCAAGUUCCGGCCGCUCAACCAGCGGCUCAACGUCGUGGUCAGCAGCAACGCGCAGUACGAUCUAAAGUCGCCGGCGACGUCGUGCGUCUCGGUCCACCUGCACACGAGCUUGGAGGACGCGCUUGGCCGGCUCUCGGCGGCGGAGACGCAAGACGCACAGGUCCACCGCGCAUUCGUCAUCGGGGGCGCGUCGCUGUACCGCGACACGCUGGCGCUGGCGCUGUCCGCCAAAUCGUUCGUCGACCGGGUGCUGCUCACGCGCAUCCUCGCCCCGGCGUUCGAGGGCUGCGACGUGUUCAUGCCCGACUUCGUCACGACGUCGGAGUGCGCGGAGCAGCCGUGGCACCAGGCGUCGCACGAGGAGCUGCAGGAGUGGGUCGGGUUCGAGGUCGCGGCGGGAGUGCAGGAGGAGAACGGGGUGCAGUACGAGUUCCAGAUGUGGGUGAGGCAGUAG